GUCCCACGUGUAAUCCAGCAGCAACUUGCUACGCAUGUGGUUGAACCGUGCGCCAUGAAUUUACAGCAAGAUACAGCAUAAAGUGUGGAUAAGUCUCCAAAAUGUUGUUUGGAAAAGACGUGCCAUGGCGGCGUCUGGAGGGCAUGUCGUUUGGCAUGUACUCUGCCGAAGAGAUAAGGAAGUUGAGUGUGAAAACGAUCACUAACUCCAGGUUCCUCGAUGCUGUUGGGAAUGUGGCCCCGAACAGCCUGUACGAUCUGGCCCUUGGGCCUGCAGAUAUUAAAGAGGCGUGUUCAACCUGCUGUCAGGACUUCAACAACUGUCCGGGACACCUGGGACAUGUUGAGCUUCCUCUGCCUGUGUACAACCCACUGUUUUUUGAUAAACUCUACCUGUUGAUGCGCGGUUCCUGUCUGUCGUGUCACAUGUUAACAUGUCCCCGAGCUGCCAUCCACCUGCUGCUGAACCAGCUGAAGUUACUGGACCUUGGAGCCAUGCAGGAGGUCUACCUGAUAGAACAAGUCCUCAACCAGUACCUAGAGGAGAGUCCCAAAGCCACCGGAGAUGAGAUCCAGCAGGUGCUGCAGGAGUUUACAGAUCUGAUAGUUGGAGAGAACGCUGAAGGUUCAGAAAACAUCAAGCCGAUUAAACACCUUGUUGAAAAGAAAAGCAGUCUGAUAAAUGACUUCUGGCGGAUCCACAUGAAAACAAGGAAGUGCCCGUACUGCAGGAGCGGCAGGUUCACAGUGCGUCGGGAACAUAACAGUAAGCUGAUUGUCACAAUGCCAUCAGGAGCACAGACCACUGGCACCACUGAUGAUGAUCUGAUGGCUGGUAAGAGAGUGUACCUGACAGCUAGUACCGCUCGGGAACACAUCAACAAACUGUGGGAGCAAGAAGCUUUCUUCUUGAAGUGCCUCUUCGCUGGGCUGGACGAGGCGACGGUGUCAGAGGAGGGCGAGGAAGUGUUCAACCCAGACCUCUUUUUCCUGGACCUGCUGGUGGUCCCACCUUGCAGGUAUCGCCCAAUCAAUCGGCUGGGUGACCAGAUGUUUACAAACGGUCAGACAGUCAACAUGCAGGCUGUCAUGAAGGACUGUGGAAUCAUAAGGAAACUUCUGGCUCUCAUAGCUGGGGAGAAAAUUGCUCAGGAGGAAGAGGCUUCUGAACAGGUAGACCAGACGUUUCUGUCAGGGAUCCCUGGGGUGACAUUAACAGAUAAACUGUACAACAUCUGGAUCCGACUACAGACUCACGUUAACAUCGUCUUUGACAGUGACAUGGACAAAAUGAUGACGGAGAAAUACCCUGGAAUCAGACAGAUCCUGGAGAAGAAGGAUGGACUGUUCCGGAAACAUAUGAUGGGAAAACGAGUGGACUACGCUGCGCGAUCUGUCAUCUGUCCAGACAUGUACAUCGGAACCAACGAGAUAGGAAUACCUAUGGUGUUUGCCACCAAGCUGACCUACCCCCAGCCUGUCACUCCAUGGAACGUGAAGGAGCUCCGUCAGGCCGUUCUCAAUGGGCCAAACGUCCACCCCGGAGCUUCCAUGGUGAUAAACGAGGACGGCAGGAGAACCAUCCUAUCACCUACCAGUCUUGCACAGAGAGAAGCUGUUGCUAAGCAACUGCUGACGCCCUGUCCCGGACCACAUAAGAUGCCCAUGAAGAUAGUGAAUCGUCACAUAAAGAACGGAGAUGUUUUGUUAUUGAACAGACAGCCAACUCUGCACAGACCCUCAAUACAAGCCCACUGUGCUCGCAUCUUACCAGGAGAGAAGGUUCUGAGGCUCCACUAUGCAAACUGUAAGGCAUACAAUGCUGACUUCGACGGGGACGAAAUGAACGCGCACUUCCCGCAGAGUGAGCUGGCCAGAGCAGAGGCCUACACGCUAGUCAGCACUGACCAGCAGUACCUCGUCCCCAAGGACGGUAAACCUUUAGCAGGUCUCAUCCAGGACCACAUGGUUUCGGGUACGAGGAUGACGAUAAGAGGCUGUUUCUUCACCAGAGUCCAAUACAUUGAGUUGGUGUACAGAGGACUCACUGACAAACCAGGCAGAGUUAAACUGCUGCCACCAGCCAUCCUAAAACCACAGCAACUGUGGACAGGAAAGCAGGUGGUGUCCACACUCCUGCUGAAUGUAAUCCCACCGAAUGCUGUGCCUCUUAACCUGGUUGGCAAAUCAAAAAUCCCCAGUAAAGCAUGGAUCCAAGUCCCACCAAGAGCCGCUCCAGGCUACAAACCUGACAGCAUGUGUGACUCACAGGUGGUGAUUCGUGAGGGCGAGCUGUUGGUGGGGGUUCUGGACAAAGCUCACUACGGCUCCUCAGCCUAUGGUCUGGUCCACUGCUGCUAUGAGCUGUAUGGAGGGCAGACCAGUGGCAAACUGCUCAGCUGUCUGGCUCGACUCUUCACUGCUUACCUGCAGCUGUACAGAGGCUUUACUCUGGGUGUGGAAGACAUCCUGGUGAAACCGGGCGCCAACAGGCAGAGGAAGAAAAUCAUUCAAGAAUCACUGAAGAUUGGCACCAAAGCGAUCCAGGCCGCCUUCAACCUGCCCUCUAAUGUGGAUCAAGCUGAGGCUCAGAGUCGCUGGCAGGACGCCCACCUCAACCCAGACCAGAGGGACUUCAGCAUGGCUGACCACAAGUUCAAGGAAGUGGCCAACCAAGUGAACAAUGACAUUAACAAGGUGUGCAUGCCUGUAGGACUCCACACCUCUUUCCCAGACAACAACCUCCAGCUGAUGGUCCAAUCGGGAGCCAAGGGAUCUACUGUAAACACCAUGCAGAUUUCAUGUCUACUAGGUCAGAUUGAGUUGGAGGGCCGUAGGCCUCCACUGAUGCCUUCUGGGAAAUCCUUGCCUUGCUUCCAGCCAUACGACCCUGCACCCGGUGCUGGGGGCUUUGUUUCAGGAAGGUUCCUCACAGGCAUCAAACCACAGGAGUUUUUCUUCCACUGUAUGGCUGGCAGAGAGGGACUGGUUGACACAGCUGUGAAAACAUCGAGAUCAGGAUACCUGCAGAGAUGUGUCAUAAAGCAUUUGGAGGGGUUGGUAGUGCAGUACGAUCUGACGGUGAGGGACAGCGAUGGAUCUGUGGUCCAGUUCCUGUACGGUGAAGAUGGCCUGGAUAUCCCCAAGACUCAGUUCCUCCAGCCGAGACAGUUCCCCUUCAUAGAGGACAACUAUGAGGUGAUCAGGAGGUCCCAGGGUCUGGAUGAGAUUUUGGCACGUUUGGACCCUCAGACCGCCAAUCAGCACUUUGCAGCUAUCCAGCGCUGGAAAACAAAGAGAGAGGUGGCAUGUCCACGGAGAGGAGCGUUCUUGCUAUUUUCCCAAAAGAAGUUGGCCAAACUGAACCAGACUGAACGAAGUACAGAGCCAGAUGUUUGUGGCAGAAAUGCGGCCGUACAGCAGGUCAUACAGCAGUGGCACUCUCUGGAUGAGGCCAGCAGAUCUAAAUACAGCAAGAAGUCCUCGCGCUGCCCCGAGCCCUCUCUGAGCUUGUUCAGGCCGGACGUCUGCUUCGGAUCUGUGUCUGAAAACUUUCACAGCAUCACAGAUAAAUACCUGCAGAACAGAGGCAGUCUGAGAGAGGACAGCCUGGACGCCGACAGCCUUCGCCAGCUGUUGCACUAUAAGUGGCAGCGGUCACUGUGUGAUCCAGGUGAGGCAGUAGGUCUGCUUGCAGCUCAGUCCAUAGGUGAGCCCUCCACACAGAUGACCCUCAACACCUUCCACUUUGCUGGCAGAGGAGAGAUGAACGUCACUUUGGGAAUCCCUCGACUGAGGGAGAUCCUGAUGGUGGCCGGCUCCAACAUUAAAACUCCCAUGAUGAGCGUUCCAGUGCUCCACAACAAAAAAGCCUUGAAGAGAGCAAAGAUUCUCCGUAAGAAACUCACCAGAGUCUGUCUUGCUGAGGUGCUGCAGAAGGUGGAAGUGGUAGAAACUUUGCGGAUCGAAAAUCAAAGGAUGCGGACGUUCAAAGUCACCUUCAGUUUCCUGCCUCCUGACCGUUACAGUGAUGAUAAGCUGCUAACACCACACCAGAUCCUCCACUUCAUGGAAACAAGGUUUUUCCGUCUCCUCCUUGAAGCCAUUAAGAAGCGCAGUGCCAAGCUGGCCUCCAUCGCCGUCGAAACAAGGAAGGCCACCCUCCGGGAUAGGGAGCAUGAUGGUGAUGCGACAGCUGACACAGCAGGGUUGGAUGACGGAGAGGGAGAAGAGGAUCGAGAGAUUGUUGAUGACCAGGCAAACGAAGGAGACGCCGAUGCUUCAGAUGCCAAGAGAAAAGACAAACAGGAAGAGGAGGUGGACUAUGAGAGUGAGGAGGAGGACGGAGGUGAUGAUGGCGAGGAUAAAGAAGAUCAGGGGGAGGAAGAGGAGGAGGCGUCAGAGAAAGCAGAGGAUACUCUGGAGGAGACCCAGCCCGAGUCUGCAGGGCUGGGAAAGCAGAAGAAGAACAAAAGAGCUAAGAGAGUAGGAGAAGAAGAAACAUUGAAUCAGAUGAGAGUAAACACCGUUCUGCAGUCCAACUCGGCGAUAGAGAGAUAUUGCUACGAUGUCGAGCAUGAACUCUGGUGUGAGGUUGACCUGGUGUUGCCGGUGAGCAAGGUGCACUUCGACCUGACUUCAGUCCUGUCCACACUGGCACACAAUGCUGUCAUCAUGGAGACCAAAGGCUUGACUCGCUGCCUGCUCAGUGAAAGCACAACAAAGACUGGAGAGAAAGAGACCUUUCUCAACACAGAGGGCAUCAACAUGCAUGAAAUGUUUAAGCACAGUGAUAUCUUGGACAUCAACAGACUGUACUCCAACGAGGUCCAUGCCAUGGCAAGGACCUAUGGGAUUGAAGUGGCUCUGAAAGUCAUAGAGAAGGAGAUCAAAGAUGUCUUUGCUGUCUAUGGUAUUGAGGUGGACCCCAGACAUCUGUCACUGGUAGCAGAUUACAUGUGUUUUGAAGGUGUGUAUAAGCCGUUGAACCGACACGCCAUCCGGUCCAACUCCUCCCCUCUGCAGCAGAUGACAUUUGAGACCAGCUACAAAUUCCUCAAACAGGCUACCAUGCUGGGGUCACAUGACCAGCUGGUUUCCCCCUCAGCCUGCCUGGUGGUGGGGAAGGUGGUCAAAGGUGGAACAGGACUGUUUGAACUGAAGCAGCCUCUGCAGUAGGAGAGGAAACACUGCAGUCGGUAGACUGGUUGGAUGAGGCAUACUGUAAAAACUUGCCUCACGUGAACUGAUACCAUCUCAGAGCUGGAGUGGAUGUACUUACACCUCUAUGACAUGACAGGACAUGAUGUGUACCAUUUCUGACAAAUGGAUAAGAAUGACUUGUUUAGUCUCAGUCAUAUUUUAUAUGGUUGAUGUGACAAAUGACAAGUUUGUUGAUUGAUGGAGAUUGUUCCUGAAUUAACUGAUUUAAAAGUGACUGAUGGCCUCUCUUAGAAAUGAAUGAAAUCCCUGAAAAGUCCCUGUAUCAUACAUAAAAGGAUGCAUUGUGUGUGUUUAGCACACAACU